GCAUGUUUGACUUAAGCAUAGAGCGGGCCUAAAAGGGUAGACAUAUUCUAGUGUACUUAGCGGGUUUGUAGGGCUCUCUUCAUUGCUUCCAUAGUUGCCUCUUUUGCUCACCGUUGCAGAGCUAGAAGUGAACACUUACACGGGAACUAUCAGCCAGCUGUAAGAAUUCCUAUAGUUGACUCUGAUACGACAGGCUAUGCAAAUUUGUGCAAGGUAAUGAAAACUGCCUUUAUCUAAUUAUUUCGCUUCUUCAGAUUAUCCGUUUCAUGUUGGUGCCUUACAUGUGUACGUAAUUAGCCAUAUUAGUAGACCUUGCUUCCAACUAGCCGACUUGAAGUGUUGUGUAACAGUUUCGUGUACGUGCUUCCUUAGCUUUGACGACCCAGCAGGAAACUAACAUCUCCAUAUUGGAAAGCAGAACGAAGCCGUUAGCCAAUAGAGUUUCAGCCAUAAAGCAUGGGUAAGUAGCGUGAGUAGUUGAACGUUCCUUUAAUUUGGUGAUAUUUCUUUUUUGAUAUCGUGCAGAACAUCGUUUUCAUGUCAUCGAUCGCUCCGAUUUUCAUUUUUAAUUUCCGGGUGUAAGCCAGUACCCUUGAAAACGGAAUGUGUCAGGCUGUCACUUGAGAAUUUAUUUAGCUUUGCAAUUUUGUGUCAAAAUUUGCUUUAAAUGGGACAACUCAAGCCUCUAGUAUUUCGCUGAAGGGGACACUCUAGUUACAGCAUAAUAACCAACUACUCGAUGCAAAAUGCAGGCAGAUUUUUUUUAGAAAACAACUAGUGUUAGAUUAGUAUUAUUUUUAUUUACAUGCCUCUACGUUGGGCCUCUUCGCAAAUGGGUUGAGUUUAGAUCAGGUCGGUUCUGGCUAAAACGAUUAUAUUUACAGUUCAGGUUUCAUGGAGGUAAAUGCUGCAAACUUCUUCUGGUGGUUUUGAUUGGCUGUGCUGCACUUUGACUUCCUGUCUAAAAAAGUGUUUAACAAAAUGCAACUGUUAACGCUAUUUGCAAAAGUUUAAGUGCCCUAUCCUUAUAGUUUAUGUCCUUAGUUCCUUUAUCAGAUUUUCAGUAAUUCAUUUGGUCUGCUCAAUCUUCGUAUAAAUGGCAUUUCGGCCAAUUUUACUCAAAAUAAAUUCCCGUCUGAGUGUUUAAACCCCUAAAUUACGACAUAACAAAACUAAUUCACACCAUUAGCUAUGCUUGAGAAAGCACUUGCGAGAAUGUUUUCGCUUGCUCAAAUAUUUUAAUGUAGAUUAAUCAGUGACCCUUAAUAUAACUUAACAGUUUAUUUAAGUACACUCUUUGAACUUCAGUUGUAUGGAAUUCAGGUCAUCUUAACUAAUCAUAUCCUUCUUUGAUAUUUAACAAGUAUCCACUAGAGUGCAUGAAGUGAAUAAUUUUUGAGUACCAUAAACACUGGGAUAUAAAUAUUUACUACAUAGCUCAGGAACUUGGCCAAUAUCCAGACACCUUUACCUCGGGUUUGCCAAUAACAUAUAUUACUUUAGAAUAACAAUGUUUAGAGUAAUUUUACUUGACUCGUAAAACUGAUACUAACAACUUACCCAAAAUAGCUACUUGAACAAAAGAAGACAAGGGAAUUAGUGCAUAAUAGUUCGUAGUACUAUAUACCUAUUUCACGGGUUAAGUAAAAUCACUCUAGGCCUUCCAUAUACUGAAAUGUGCUUUGUUAAUUAUUAGAACUAUAAUAAAUAUCACCUAUAUUGUGGCAUUGACCAAGAUUGUUUGGCCAAGAUUUGACCAAGAUUUGACCAAGAUUGUUUAGCCGUGUUUAAUAUAGUCGUGUACCGCAAAACCCCACGACUAACAAACUAGAUUUUCAAGUUCCAAGUUAGCCUAAACAGUCAGGUUCUUAUAUGGUCUUAUAUACUGGUAGUUUGCGCAAGUUUAGGCUAUUUAGAUUCUUAUUAAAAUAACUUGUUAUUUUCUGAAGAAAAAAAUACAUUAUAGCUAAGACCUUUUACUUGUUUAGCUUAUUCCUUAUCCAUAAAAUCUGCAUACCAAAUUAGCAUUAGAGUGAAAAUAAACAUAAAAAGAAGAACAGUAUUUAAUUUGUAAUUAUAUUUGAUUUAAACGCUGGCAUUUACGUACAGUUGGAGUGAUAAGGCACCUCUGUCUGUCUCCAAAAAAGGAUUUUGAAUGUUGACUUAUCUUAUUUGGCUAAUUUAGUUUACAGAACCUUUUCAUAGUUUUAAAAACAUAAGAACCUGUUUCAAAUUUUAGGCUAUAAACAAAUUCCUAUAUCGAGGGGCCUUAACUGGCAAACGUUAGUCCGACAGGUUCUUAAAAUUAGUGUUCUUAGUCGUGGGGGUUUCCUUACCAUACUGUAUUACCAAACACAAAAUAAUUUUUUUAUCAAUUAUUUUUAGAGGAUUUGUUGAGAGUGAGGGUUAUUGUUUUAAUGAGGUGGGUGGUAUACAGUAACAUUAUUUUGACAAUUAAUAGAUUGAAAUACUCAAAAAGGCGCACUUAGCUGAGAGCUAAUAGUUCGGUAUCGUUUCAUUUUCAGCCAAUUCACCCCUACUAGGCUUGAGUCCGAAUCAUAAGAUGAGUGAGUCUGACAUACACGAUUAUAAGUUUCCCCACCGCAUUGGUGUUAAAUGGAAAGACCUUGCGCGAGCCCUUGGGUACUUUGAACUACGCAUUGACGCAAUUGAAGAGGAAAAAUGCCACUGUCCAAAGGAAUGCUGUAUAAAGGUUCUUGUGCUAUGGAUGAAUCGGGAGGGAGACGAAGCUACUGCUGCAAGAUUAGCUGAUGCUUUAAGGAGAGUAGGACUUAAAAACCUCGCUGACAUUUUGAUAUACCCAAUCGAUCCAAGCCAGGUAAGUAUGCUUCUAAGUCAACUUGCAGUAAUCGACUACUAAUAAAUCUAAACGAAUCAGAGAAGAGCUAUUAUUUUCGUCUUGUAUAGACAAAUAAAAACCUUAAAACAAACAACGUGGCCGAUUAAAGGUCAUUGUCGUUUAAGUUAGCGAUUACUUCUACUGCACCUUUAUAUAGUCGAUGACGUCAUUCCACUUGAACUACAGCAAUGCUUCAGGGGUUUGUUUUCGAAUUUCCUGAUUGUUGUUUUAAGGGAUUACAAAAUUUGAACUAGACGAGCAAACAUUAACUCUGGAGUCCAGGUUGUAGUCAAAACCGUUAACUGAUCUUUGUAGCACCGUUCAUAUAAUUCUUGAGGUAGAUUUGGUGUUUUGUCAUACUACUUUUAUUAGCUCAUAUAAAAAGCUCCAUUUGUUCCAAAAUUCAGCUAGGAUCAUUACACUUUUGCUCCCAAAAAGAGGAACAAUAUUAAAAAACUUAGGAAUGAAGUCAACUUUUUUCGGGAAAUAAAUCGGACAACUAUCGUUAUAAAUCGGCAUUCGUUUGACAAAAAGGAUAUUUUGCUAUGUUAUAUAUUAUCUGGUGUACAGUAUUAUGUACUCAAGAUCUGCGACCAACUGCAUUAUAUUCAACAAUUGCAAGUCAUUUGCUAAAAACGAAGUAUGUCGUAUAGCUACAAUUUUUACGUUUCAUAUAAUUUUUGUUGUUGUUUAUUUUAGAUCAACGUAUUUGAGAUGGAGAUUCGUGAGAUGAAAAGUCAGUUGGUCAGCUUGGAAGCAAAGGUAGAUAAUGUACGAAAACAUCAUAGUUGUGCUUAUAAAGGAAUACUUGUUAUCGGCACGCUAACCUUCGCUUCUUUUUGACAAAAUAGGGUUCCAUAAUGAGCGCCAGGAUUAAAAAACUAGAAGAAGAGGUAAGGUUGCACAAUGUCAAUGUUGGUUUAUUAUGAACCACGCAUGCACACUUAAUCAUAGUUGCCUCUUGUUUUUGACACGCUAACCUUCGCUUCAUUUUGACAAAAUAGGAUUGCAUAAUGAGCGCCAGGAUUGAAGAACUGGAAGAAGAGGUAAGGUUGUACAAUGUCAAUUUUGGGUUUAUUCUGAACCACGCAUGCACACUUUAUCAUAGUUGCCUCUUUCCGAUAGCAGAAGGGUAUAAAAGGGAGUACGUUUUAGGCAAGUUGUGAGAGAAAUAUUAUUUCUCUUAACAACAUUUUAUAUUCCCAUUUUUAUAUUUCUUUACGUGAUGUACAUAAAAUUACCUGCCGCUGUUUUCUUGGAUCUGAUCAACACAGAGUAUUCGAGAACAAGAGAAAUAAAAGAUUCUUGUCGUGGAGGAAUUAGUUCAUUUUCCAAGUUCACAACUUUACUUCAGCCCCACUCUGACUUCGUACUUGUUCCAUUUUUGUUAGCUGAAGGUUUUUUUUGAAAGUUAGAGAUUAAGGAUGGAUAACUCACAUAAAUUACCAGAACAGAUUAUUGAAGAAAAUACUCAUUUAAAUUUGUCAUGUUUUUGUUUUGUAAGAUAACAGAACCAGCAAUUGCGUGCCACAGUAGAAUUUAAAAAUAGAGGAGAACGUGAAUAGCAGGUUAGCCAGGCAUGCAUGAAAGCAUGCACCCAGCUAAUUGUGAUAUAGUUUGCCGUGUAAUGUUUAGUCAAACAAGAAUCUUUUUUUCCCUUUUCCUUUACAGGUUGAGCAGGUUUUGAGAACGGGCAACAAAUCUGAAGAGUUAGAAGAACAGCUUAGAAAGAGGAAGAAGUAAGUCAGCAAUUAUUGCCGUGUAAUGAUUGUAAACCUGUAGUGCGUCUCAGGCCCUGUUCAUAUGGGGACUAAGUUGUCCCGGAAAGAGGAUCACACCCUCCAAGCCGACUGAAUUUUAGUGAACGUUCAUAUGAGAAAAACGUUUACCCACUUGCCCGAGCCAAGAGCGCUUGUACAUGCUCUGAUAGUCUCACCUUGAUAGAGUUCACCGGAUUGGAAGAGCCAAAGUUAGGUUAGCCUACCAUCGGAAAAGCGAUUCACCAAAUAAGUUUUGAAAGGAAAUUGGGGAACUGUUUGACUCGCGCCCAGGGUAGUUCUGGUAGGUGAGUGAUCCUUGAACCCGGGUUCAGUUUACCCCACACAAACGUGGCCUAAUAAAUGUUUAGUGUAAGGUAUUAGAAUUAUAGACUUAUAACAACUGCGUAACUUAACCAUUACCCCGAACACGGUUGAAUGACUUUCGUUGCUUCUUGGUCUUGCAGGUUUCACAGCUGAUCACUAGAAUUAAGGGAUCAGAAGACGAGCUUUCUAUUGCCAAGCAAAAGGGCCAUGAUGAGAUAAACGAACAACAGGUGAGGAAACAAUCUAUUAAAAAAACAGCUUCGCGAAACGCUGCGGCACUUUUCAUGUGAAACGAACUCUGGAAAAUGUUAUUAGUACUUCUGUUUUGUUGCGCUCAUUUUUAGGUAAAUCAGACCUAAAGAAACCACUAAUAAUAAACGGGUAAUAGAAAUAGAAUCCUCGCGGCCCUUUUGCAUGGACCUUAAAGAAGAUUACAGAAGCACAAAUUAAGCAUCUCAGUUUCCCAAUUCUUACAAAUUUCUGCUUUUAAUCAAUGCAGGAAGGUGAUCCCUCUACGGAUUCAGUUCAAUUAGCUUAA